GCCGCCGAGAGCCCCGGGGGGCCCGGCUCGGCGCGCACGGCCGGGAAGAAGGCGCAGCUGCGCGCAGCUCCGCGGGCCAAGAAGCUGGAGAAGCUGGGCGUCUACUCCGCCUGCAAGGUACCCGGCCGCGAGCGCCCACCCGCCCACGGAGGGUGGGGAUUGACGGAGGGGAGGGGAGGAGGGGGAGGCAGUGCCGGGCCGGGCCGGGCCGGGCCGGGCCGGGAGGGAGGCGGCGCGGCUGUUAGCCCGGCGCUCCCCGCGGAAACGGCGGUGCCGCGGGUCCCGCUGCUCCCGGAGCCUCCCGACCGGCACCGGCCGCCGCACCUCGGGAACGGCGGAGUGCAGCCUCCGCCCUCGGGAAAGUUGCGGCCCCGUCGUCACGUAGCGCCCGGCCGGGGCCCUGCCCUCCGCUGCGCCCUGCCCCGGCCUCCCGCACCGCCCGGUGUUGAUCGCUGCCGCCCCGCGCUGCCCUCCGCACCACGCCCCUCCCUACACCUGCAGCCAGCUUCUGGGCGCGGGGGGGCCGCGACCUGCCUGCUCUCUGCGGGUGCGGAGCGCGGUCGGCGCUGUGCUGCCCCGGGGCUCUGUGACAGCGGUGGCGGCAUCGGUUUGUGUGCGGUAGAGCUCCGCGCAGGGCUCAGCGCAGGCCGUGCCGGGGCUGUCAGGGCGAUUCCUGGAUGCACAGCGAGCUGACACGCUCGGGUUGGCAGCAUUGAUGCAAAACACUCCAGUAAUGCUCUCAGUGCUGAAAAUAAUUGAGCUGUUUGCUGGAGAAGUGUGUUUCUAUUCUUUCUGUUCUCUUACUUUGUGACCUCCAAGAAGGCAAAUAUGAAGUGAAUACACCAACUAAAUGCCCACUGAUGUGAGGGGACAAUCCUGUGCAGGUCCACUCCCCUGCUUGGUGAUGUGAAGUGGUUGCUGUCUGCUGGAGCCAUGUCACAAUACUGUCAUUUGAGGCAUGUGGCUUCCUGAGCUUGCCCUCAAUGUCUCUGCAGUUCACAAAUGUGUAAGCAUCUUUGCUUUGGCCUCGUUGAGUCCAUGGCAUGCUGUGAGGUUGCACCAUGUCAUUCAGUUAAAACCAGCCAGGCCUGAAAACCUGCAGCCCUUGUGGAAGGUGGGGGAAUGUGGUUUGAAGCUUUGCUGGUGCAAUGAAACAGCGUCUCUGCGCUCUGCUUCCUCAGUGCCUCAGCAGCUGUGCACUGGCAGAGAGGUGGGUGCCACUGGGAGGGCAGGGCCUGCUGUCAGCCUUCCCAAACCUCUCACAAGGUGCUGGUGGCGCAGUGACCACUCGCCCACUCAUGCCGUGCGUCUGUAUCAUCCCCAGGGUCCUGCAGGGAGGCCCAGAUGGUGCUGCCUGAUGGAUCUGGGUGUGUGGUUGGGGUAUUUUGGGUUUCAUCCUCAUCCCCCGUCAACAAGCAGGCACAGCACAGUACUCAGUGUGACUCUGUUUGCAGAUUUCAAUGUAAACCUGGCCUCUGCUACCUGACUUCCCUUCAGGAGUGUACUGGCAGACAACAUUCCUUCAGGUCUCAGAACGUCAACAAUGAGACAUCCUUGUGUCAUCAAUUGUGUUCUCCUGUGGGGCAGGGAGAGGAUGAAGCUGGGUGGAAGGACGUGUUGUUUUUCUUCCUGAACACCUGGCUCCAAACUACUUGGGCUUGCAAGAGGCUGUAGCAGCACAGAGGGGAACACUGAGCUUUUUCUUACUCUGGGUUGCAACUCCUGUUCCACUUGUUCUGUGUGUGUGAAAGCCCAAACAGCCCAUCUCUGAAUGAGGUUUCUGUGGUAGCAGCCAUGUUGAUCUGCAGAUCUACGUAGAGCUUUACAAGUUGGAGGGCAGAAAAUGCUGAGGAAUCAUGUAAAUGCAAUGGCUGGAAGAACCCCAACCCACCUCCCACACCCCCUCGGGCAGACCUGCAGCAGGCAGUUGUGAGCCUCACUGAGCCGUGCCGCAGCUGCAGCCACACACUAGCUGCUCAUGUUUCCCACCUGGAGAAUGUGUCUGAAGAAGAAAUGAAUAGGCUGCUGGGGAUUGUACUGGAUGUGGAGUAUUUGUUCACCUGUGUCCAUAAAGAAGAAGAUGCAGACACCAAGCAAGUUUAUUUCUACCUGUUCAAACUUUUGAGGAAGUGCAUUUUACAGAUGGGAAAACCUGUUAUUGAAGGAUCUUUGGAAAGUCCCCCAUUUGACAAGCCUAGCAUUGAACAGGGUGUGAAUAAUUUUGUGCAGUACAAAUUUAGCCACUUGCCCUCAAAGGAAAGGCAGACAAUAGUGGAACUGGCUAAAAUGUUUCUGAACCGCAUUAACUACUGGCACCUGGAGACACCUUCUCAGCGAAGACUAAGAUCACCCAAUGAUGAUAUUGCAGGGUAUAAAGUGAAUUAUACCAGGUGGCUUUGUUAUUGCAAUGUCCCUCAGUUUUGUGAUAGUCUACCUCGAUAUGAAACCACACAGGUUUUUGGUAGGACAUUGCUUCGCUCCGUUUUUACUGUAAUGAGACGACAACUGCUGGAGCAGGCCAGGCAAGAGAAAGACAAGCUUCCUCAAGAGAAACGGACACUAAUCCUCACGCAUUUCCCAAAGUUUCUGUCAAUGCUGGAAGAAGAAGUGUACAGCCCAAAUUCUCCUAUUUGGGAUCAGGAUUUCAUGGUGUCUACUUCUCGAACUGGUCAGCUGGGAAUCCAGACAGUUAUCAAUCCUCCUCCUGUUGCAAGAUCUGUUUCGUACUGUGCAAGCCCAUCGUCUCUGGAGCAACCCAACAGUGGAAAUAUGAGUCCUGCUUGCAAAGUUUCUUCUGUCCUUGACUCAAACUUAGGGGAAAAGAGAAAAAAUAACGAACCAUAUUCUCUGGAGGACUCGAAAAGACCAAGGGUUGUAGGAGAUAUUCCUAUUGAGUUGAUCAAUGAAGUGAUGUCAACAAUUACAGAUCCUGCGGCAAUGCUUGGGCCAGAGACCAACUUCCUCUCAGCACAUUCAGCUCGGGAUGAGGCAGCAAGACUGGAGGAGCGCAGGGGGGUGAUUGAAUUCCACGUGGUUGGGAACUCCCUGAACCAGAAACCAAACAAGAAGAUCAUGAUGUGGCUGGUUGGUUUGCAGAACGUGUUUUCCCAUCAGCUCCCUCGAAUGCCAAAGGAGUACAUCACACGCUUGGUUUUUGAUCCGAAACACAAGACUCUUGCAUUAAUAAAAGAUGGUCGUGUUAUUGGUGGUAUCUGCUUCCGAAUGUUCCCUUCCCAAGGAUUUACAGAGAUCGUUUUCUGUGCUGUGACUUCCAAUGAGCAAGUCAAGGGUUACGGAACUCACCUAAUGAACCAUUUGAAGGAGUACCACAUCAAACACAACAUUCUCAACUUUCUUACGUACGCAGAUGAAUAUGCUAUUGGCUACUUCAAAAAACAAGGCUUUUCCAAAGAUAUUAAAGUACCAAAAGCAAAAUACGUUGGCUACAUCAAGGAUUAUGAGGGUGCCACGUUAAUGGGAUGUGAAUUAAAUCCAAGGAUUCCCUACACAGAAUUUUCAGUCAUCAUUAAAAAACAAAAGGAGAUUAUUAAAAAGCUUAUAGAAAGGAAACAAGCUCAGAUUCGAAAAGUUUAUCCUGGCCUUUCUUGCUUCAAAGAUGGAGUACGACAGAUUCCUAUAGAAAGCAUCCCUGGAAUUAGAGAAACCGGCUGGAAACCAAGCGGAAAAGAAAGAGGUAAAGAGCCCAAGGAUCCAGAUCAACUUUACAGCACAUUAAAAACCAUCCUGCAGCAGGUGAAGAGCCAUCAAAGCGCUUGGCCCUUCAUGGAACCUGUGAAGAGAACAGAAGCUCCUGGAUAUUAUGAAGUUAUAAGGUUUCCCAUGGAUCUCAAAACAAUGAGUGAACGACUCAAGAAUAGGUACUACGUGUCUAAGAAAUUAUUCAUGGCAGACUUGCAACGAGUCUUUACAAAUUGCAGAGAGUACAACCCCCCCGAGAGUGAAUACUACAAAUGUGCCAAUAUACUGGAGAAAUUCUUCUAUACAAAAAUUAAAGAAGCUGGAUUGAUUGACAAGUGACACUUUUUUUUUUUUUUAAACAACCAAACCAAUCAGUGUGCCUACUUUAUGGGCAGGGGAAGCCAUUAUAUAUCUGAGCUGUGGGACUAUAAGGUUUUGAAAAACUUCUGUUUAACAAUUAGCACUUUUAAAAACCAUUUCAGUUUUGCAAACAUGUAUUAUAAUGAAGUUACAAAAAUUAUUUUAUUAAAAUGCUUUAUAAUGUAUUUAAUUACUGAUUUUCUUUGUGUUCCCACUACCGUGUGUUCAUCGUUACCUUCCCAGCCUCAGAAAAACUACAAAAUACGGGAAGUUGCGCUUGUUUGGGAGUAUGAAGAAAAUUCCCAGACAAUGAAUGUUAUAGCUUACCUAAUGCAGUAACUAUUUGAAAAGCUUUAUGAUUUUUCUCCAUUAAAAAGAAAACACAGUACUGGAGAACAAAAGGAGGGAAUGUCUGAGACACUUAUUUCAUUGUAGAAUCUUUUUAUAAUAUAUUAUUUUUUAAAAGAAACAUUCAGCUAGUUGAGAAGCUGGGAGAGAACAGCCAGUUCCAAAAAAGAACUGCCUACGACAUUUGAUAGAUGCAAGCUUUUCUAUUCUUUUUUUUUUUUUUAUAAAAAUUUAACCUGCAAAUUGUAAUCUCAUAACCACUCUUACAAGAAAUAAUUAAAAAAGAAUAAAUCUGACUACAUACGUAAUGUCAUAAUGACUUAUGCAGGACAUAAGUACUCAAAAUAUCUUAAAAGGCUACAAUUUAGUUACACUAUAUUUAAUUUUAAUUGGCUUAAUGACAUUAAGGUUUUGAUACACUUCAUGAUCCACCCCAUUUAAUACUCUUCACUCAAACUCUUCAGGUUAUUCAGCAGAGACAAGGCUAUUGUACACAAAAAAUCAGUGUAUUUCAGCUUCAAUCUUAUAUACUCGCUUCUGUGGUAAACUGAAUUUUCUACCAAGCUUUACUGUAAAUACUUAUUAACUGUGAUUAUUUAGACCCAGGAGCAUAUUAACAUUCUGCAACUCAUGUUAGCAUAUCUUCAAAUUGAGCACAUAAUAUAUAUAUUUUGCUGCCUACACUACAUUUAAGAGGUACUUCUAACUUCCUAAUUGAGAUAGUACAGGCCAAAAAGUCAUCACUUGACAUUUUCUAAUUAGAGUUUGUAACUAUAAUGCUUUUUGUGAAAAAUAAAUUUAACUCUCAUUCUUAGUGUUUUAUAUUUACAGGUGAUACACUGGUAAUGUUCAGUAGUUAUAAAGCUGAAAAAAAAAAAACCCCACCCAAUGCUGCAUCAAGGAAUAUAUUCCUGCAAAAUACCUGUGCAAUGUUAAAGCAGUUCAGCAAGUAGAUGUCAGGAACUGUCUGAUAGCAGAUGUGGUAUAUACAAGGUAUUCUAUUCAAAACGUUAACACUAGAAUUGCCACAGUGUUUCACAUGAGAUUAGUCUGAGCUACAUUUGGAUCUAUAACUAAGGUACAAAGAAUUUUGUUUUGUUUUAUUAUUUUUUUUUUACUAGCCAGUGCCAGAUGCUAUGAUCCGGUUUUGUAGGUUGGGCCUACAGGUGCACCUGUAAGCUUAGUAUCCUGUGAAAUUUUGUUAUUUUCAGAGUAGAUUUUCUUAUUGUAUUUCAAUCAGAUUGUCUCUUCUAUAUUGAAACAUUUGUUUUCUAAUUUAAGAAUUAAUAUUUUCAUAGAUACUGUGCAAUAAAGUUACAGUAGAAUAUGUGGUUUUGCAAAUGCUUUAACAGCUGAUGAAUUUUACAUUUGUAAAAUUAAUAUAUUGUAUUGGUACAGAAUAGUUUUAAAUUAUAUAUGUACAAAAUCUUA